AUGAUCCUCGAUCACGACCCACUCCAACAGGUGACACCUCCUCGACGACGUGUCACCCAAUCGCCAAUCUUUCGGACCAAUGACCCAUCGUUAUUACCCGGCUUCGAGCCACCAACACCACGCUCCCACAUCAGUUCUGGUGUGCCAUCGGCAAUCCGUGCCCAGGUUCACGACGUUAUGGCGGUUCUUGACAGCAACACGUCCUCCCUCCAGCGCAGCCAUGAUUCCACACCUCUUGUGGCUCCCUGGCAUAGCCAGCCGUCGGCUAGUUCCUCCCUUAGUGGAUCUUACCAGACCGGUGUUGAAGGCUCGGCCACUGGCCCAUCCCUUCUCUUCUCACGAGGCAGCACCCCGAGCCGCCAGCCAUCUUCCUCUCGGCGACCCGUCUUUGGCGAUGGCUUUGAUGACGUCCCUAUUAUCCCUGACUGUGCUCUUGCUGGACCCACUGGACCCAUUGCGAUCAUUCAUGGGAUCCCACCAUGUGGGUACAGUAGUCAAUUUCUCACGACUAUUGUUGACAAGCGAGAGCUUUAUGGGGGGACAUGGCAGUUGACUUCGCGAUGGCACCCAUACCUGCGAGGAUACUAUGAUCGCCAAGAUAGAAGCAUGGCAACCUCUGGCAAAACGUACUACGUGGUAGACGGAUGGUUCGAUGGAUUACCGUGCCAGCGAAUCGUACAGUCCUUUGCGGAAGGAUGGGCCAUGCAGGCAGAUGUUCUUAACAAUGGAGUUAGCGACGCACCGACAGGCUUCAAGGAACUCAACUCUGCCAAGGAAUACCUGCAAAUGAUUCAAACAGAGCGUCCCGUGGAUCCGCGACAACGCAUUCCACCAAGUGGUGCCCACGCAAUCAGUGAAAGACCUACUCCAUCGGCCCCACCAGAACCGGCGAGGAACCCCUUUAGUACACCCAGUACGCCCAUGCGCAGCGGUUCUCGCCAAAACAACUCAGAGCCCAUGAUAGAGGUCACCACGGCAGAUGGCCAACGCUUCACGGUGCCGGCAUCAUCGAUUAAUAGGAGCGUCGGAACCUUUUCCAGAUCACGUGAUAACGGGUCCGUGACCAGCUUGGAUAGCCUGUGGAUGAGUCACAUCGAGUCGCAACACCACCUCAAGGAUGCCCUUGGUGCGAUAGUUCAAGGCAAUCGAUUCACACAUGAUGACCGUCUGCGUGCAUCCACGGAAUUACCACAGUUACCAGUGGCACCUAAUGCUACCGCGAUCUACCAGUGGAAGUGUGGUGUAGAGAACGCUCUCACUGGAGACCAUUGGGAAGCAGACGACAUCGAAAUCUGGGAAUACUCCACUACCACCACAAGCAACAAGGACAUUUCCAAGGUCAUGGCCAGACUCCUCGUCAAGGCUACCAAACAGAACAGGACCAUCACGGACCUACUACAGCGGGAACACUCUCUCAAACGACGUGGGCCAGAACUGCUCCAGGCUGUUCUCGACACAUUCCUUCCUGUCACUAGUGACCGUGUGGACGACCGCUUUGCCGACGUCAGCACCCUCGUCCAAGAGCAACGUGAAUACUGCGUCUCCUUCCUCCUUCGCCUUCGCUUCUUCAAUCGCCAAUAUGGCGCUGCUAGCGGUGCGAUCCUUCCAGAGACAGUCCUUCGUGGCUGGUUUGUGGCCGGAACAGUUCGCCACGGUCCGUACCGGUCCAUCUUGUCCAAGUGUUACACCCGGCUCAUCCGUCCAGGCGGUAAGCUUGCCGGCACCCCUACAUUGGACUGUACCAUCGACCAGCUUGCCGAACACUUCGACAACAUCCUCACUGGUGCUGAAAACAGCAAAUAUUACUGCGACAGCAAACUCCUCACUGGUGAAUCGCCCAUUCGCGCAUACACCACGGCAUCCCGUGGGAAGGCCCACCAGGCGAGCUCUGUUCGCGCAGGUUCUCCAGGGGAACCUAGGGGGGUAGCCUUUCAAACUUCGCUCGACCCAGCUGAUCCCAUGGCCAUUGUUAAUGCCCUGAAACCCUUCGAGGAUGUGGAAGUGACAAAGGAACAAGCGCAGAACGUGCUAUACCACUUUGCCUGCCCCUGGUGUGUCAUCGCUCGACACAAGAAUCCACACAGGCACCACAUGUCUACGUGCGAGCACUGCAUCCCAGGAUACCGAAUUGAGUUCGACGGGAACUCCUACAAAGAAGGAAAGGCCAACAGGCCACGUAAACCACGCAACAACGAUACUGGCACAGCCCAUGCUGUCAGUCACACAUUCCCAGCGGACGACGAUGAUUCGAGUACUGGUAGCGGAUGUGAGUCACCCUCUAUUGACGUGUCAACUAUUGUAGCGCCGAUCAACUCACCACCUGUCACGUUUCCCAACAGAGAACUCACUCCCAACUUGGGUGCCAAACUGGCGACCAUACCGGAAGAGUCGACACUGGACGAGGACGACGACACAGUGACACAGGCGUCUACACUUAGUUACAUGUUAAAUAGUAAUGACAAUGAUCAACCGUGCAACCCGCUCGUUUACUCCUGCAACUAUGUUCGCAAGGGACCAAUCGUGGGACCCGCUAGAGCAUACAUCGCGAUCAAACCAUUGCCUAGGCACUUCGUCGUGGACUCUGCCAACCGUGCCACGUGCACACAGACGAACACACUGGCAUGUGUGGACUCAGGUGCAACUGGUGAUAUGUCACCGUACCUGGAAGACUUUGUUGCCUACACACCACUCGAAGGACACUACAUACGUGUCGCUAAUGGGUCACCAAUUCCCAUCGCCGGAUAUGGAACGACGACUCUGAAGAGUGCAACGUCCAGUGCAUGCCAGCACCAUCAGCAACCAAGGUCCACUUCGACGACCAAGUGGUACACGGCUAUUCCAACCGACUCGCCACAGCUGGAACGGCUCUCAGAGUCAAUCGGCGAUUCGAACCAGCACCGACACGACACCACAUGGAACCGAUUGACGAAGCUGAAGUCAUGA